AUGAAGUAUCAACUUGACGAUCAGGUGGUGCUAAUUAGUGGUGGGUCUCAAGGACUUGGUCGGGCUUAUGCAAAGAAGUACAUCCAGGACUCAAAUUCCACUGUGAUUAUUGUAUCGCGUUCCAAGGCGAAGUUGCAGAAGGCUGCUGAGGGCAUAACGGGCGAAGGGUCGUUUUGUGAGCUUGAGGAUUACACAGAAGACUGCAGACUGGUAUACUGUUCAUGCGAUCUGUCGGUUUACGAUUCUGUAGCAGAGAUGUUUAAGCUACUAGAGAGCAAGCAAAUAAAGGUGACGCAGGUACUUUUCUGCGCUGGUGGAGCGGUUCCAAAACUGUUCAAGGACCUCAGCGGUGCUGAACUACUGGCGGGAGUUACAAUGAACUAUAGUACUGCGGUUUAUCUUGCACACGCUUCAUUGCGGCACGGUGCGCGCCAUUUAGUGCUGUUCUCCUCUUCAGCGGGAGCGUAUCCAUUUAUCGGAUACGGACAGUACGCGCCUCUAAAGGCUGCUAUUAGAUCCCUGGUUGCGAUUCUGAGACAGGAGCACCCUGAAGCCCGUAUUUCUUGUAUUUACCCGGGCAAUUUUGCAUCCGAGGGUUACGAGGAAGAGAGUCGGACGAAACCCGCGAUUACUUCGAUCAUAGAAGGAUCAAGUCAUGCAAUUUCUUGUGAUGAGUGCUGCGACAAGAUUAUUCGUUCUCUAAAGUCAGGCUACGAUGAUAUACCUACAGAUUUUGUGGGGUGGUUGCUACUUGCGUGUUCAAUGGGCUUCAACGUCCACAGCACGACGUAUUUCUUGUGGCCACUAGGCUGGAUUCUUGGAGCAAUUGCUAACCUGAUUGUUGUACCAAUAUAUAUGAUCAUGUGCUCUUGGGAUAUCAAGAAGUGGAUGCGUAAGCAAGACCAAGUUAAGAAUGGUCAUAGUGAGACUAAAAGUGAUUGA